UGUGUGUAUGUGUGUGUGAAGUCAUACACACUGGAGGACAGUUGCUGAGUCAGUGUGUGAGAAAGCUCUUCAUCUGUUCUCUCCUCUCUGUUUGUGACACGGAGAUAGUAAUUGAUACAAAAAUGGCAAGAAAUCUUCUCAAAAACCCAAGCGGAGAAGCAGACGGGAUGGACUUCUGGGACGUGACGGAGAACGGUGGAAAGGGGUGGUUUUUGGAGGACAUGCCCGGAGACUGUGGACAUGAAUUCUCUGAUGAGACUGUAACCAAAUACUUCUGCACCUCCUUUGAACUGUGUCUUAAGAAUCAGAUGAUUGAUCUCGUGGCAGAAGGUUACGCUCCUGAUGACCUGGACAAUCAGCCAGCUGUCACAGUUCAGGACUGGUACUGCAGCCGAACAGACUGCGGCUGUAUGUACCAGCUCGCCGUCUCUCUCCUGGAUGAGAAUAAGGAGGUGUUGCAGGAGUGGAGGCCCGAGAACGUGACUCUUGACCCGGACACUGACGACUGCUCAUGGAGGCAGGUGACCCAUACGUUUUACGAUUACGGCCCGGGGUUGCGCUUCAUCUCUUUUGAGCACGGUGGAAAGGACAAUAAAUACUGGGACGGCUGGUACGGAGUGAGAGUCACCGGGAGCUCCGUCACUGUGGACCUCUGAAAGAGUGUCACACAGAUCCAAUAACAGUCUAACGAUGAUCUCGAGCAGUGGUUCUCAAAGUGGGGGCAGUCCAGGGCCUGAGUGUAAACCUCAGGUUUCUACACGAUACGAUAUAAUAUGAUACGAUUUCCAUUCUCAAGGCAAUAAUUCGAUAUUUAAAUUUGACGACGUUACUAAAUCUGCCACGAUCUGAUCUCAUACGAUUCUACCUUCCUGAGAUCAGACUACACAAAUUCAGCCUGGAUUUGACACCAUUUUGUCGUGGCUGACAAAUUUCCAGCAUCAGGCCCCAAUAUGAAGAUUAAGAAUGACACACGGUCCUUGUAGUGUGAGAUAAUCGAAAAACAGCGAUGUUCCUUCCUUCUGUAGCUAUGAUUGACAUUUCCUUGACCCUCCUCCUCCCUGACAACACACAAACACGUGAAUGAUGAUUGGUCAGGUGUCAAACUUGUAUCGUUUCCAGCCUCCUGUGACCAAACACGGCAAGAACCGAUGGCACUAUGAUUGACAAAAGACAAAAACAUCAUGUCGUCUGAUCCUCGCAUAUGACGCAGUAUCCUGUGAUUAAUACACGACCAACCUUUGUUCAGAAUCUGGUGUAGCUCUGCUGCUAAUUAAUCAAUGAUCGUGGCGUAAAGAAGAAAUGUUUUAAAAGUAUCAAAGUUAAAAUAACCUGUUAAAUUAUUUACAUAUCAGUUUAGAAAUAAUUCCUCUUUUUUUAAAGAUUUAUGAUCAUUGAACCUUUUCCAUUGAUCCAAAUUGUCUGAUCAUUGCACCAACGCCUCGAAGCGUGGGCUGGGAUAGUCUGUGAUUUUUAUUUAUUGAUUUAUUUCUUAAAUAAAAUUUUUAAUAGGUAAUAUAACACUUUAAUAAACCCAGGUGGGAAAUUCCAGUGUUUCAGGAGCAGAAAGAGACACAAAAAACAAUUAACAUUGAAUUCCAGUGCAGCCAUGGCGUAAAGGUUAGAGAAGCAGCUUUGACACCAAAAGGUUGCUGGUUCGAGUCUCUGGACCAGCAGGAUAGUGUGUAGGUAGGGGAAGUGAAUGAAAAUCACCUCCAUCUACAUCAAGGCUGCUUCUUCUUCUAAACUAUGCAAAAUGAGAUGUGAUAAAGCAAACUAAAUAUGACGCUCACAAAUAAUUUUAAAAAGUCCAAUAAUCAUCCAAAAUUAAACCUGUGAUAAAGUGGUGCGGCUUGGCUGCAAGAAUUUUGAGAACCGCUGCUCUAGAGGUCAUUCAGGAACAUUUGUGAGUUGCUUACUGUGCUUUUAGCCUUACACACACACACACACACACACACACACAGGACCAGGCUUUUACAUGAAGGUUAAUCCUGUAUAGUGUGAAAUGUAAACGCAUGAUGCUUUGUAGAGACUGAGACUGAGAAAAUGCCUUACUCGUAUUACUGCUGUAUGUGUGUACUGUAUCUACUCACAGCUACCUCUACUCAUACAGACAACAGUCCAAUAAUAAUAAUAAUAAUAAUAAUGCACUUUCUGCUAACACACACUACUCAGAGCUUCUACAUAAACAUCCACUCCAUCUGUUUCUGACUACUAAAGUAAAUAGGAAUAAAAUAAAAACGUACGAUACGUUUCCUGUGAAA